AUGUUCUGCCGUGAGAUCGACUUCGCUAUGGAGGGUCACAAUGCCGUCACCCGUUAUCUAUGGGCUAAGAAUAACAUCGAUGCCGGUCUAUGGCGUAAGCUAACUAAUGCGACCGAGCCACCGGCUAGAUGUCAUCAAAGCUAUGAGCAUCAUCUACGUCAACUUUGUCGUAAACUACGCAAAACUUUCGACACGGAUGAGGCUUUGUCUCGAGCCGAGUACAAAUUCAACACUUGUACCCAGCGAUCUAGCGAGACAUUAUUCCAGUUCAUAUCAAGGCUAGAAACUCUAGCUGACGAGCUGGUAUAUCUACGAGCUGGGCCGAGAGAGUCUACCCUCAAACGACGUCUGUAUGAUGGUACAUCAUCCAACGAUCUGAAGGAGAAGGUCGAGACCAAGAGCAUGAGAGGAGGCGGCAGGGCCGACUCCAACGCUCAUCUACGGUCAACAAGCCCAGUGGUAAAUCGACAGGUCGUCUACAUGUCAUCGAGUGUGAAGACGAUCCUCAAGAAGAGACCUAUUGCCAUGCCGUUGGCAGCGAUGCCUUAUCUAUAA